ACAUGAUCAAGCCAGAAUCUAAACUAAUUGAGAAAAUUAUCAGUCACAUCUCAAAAAAACUGAAUGAUCAUUUGAUUCCAAGUGACUCUUGCAAGGAUGGCUUGGUGGGAAUUAACUCCCGUGUCAAGGAUGUUCAAGAGCUAUUAUGCCUCGAGUUAGUAGAUGUGCGAUGCAUUGGAAUUUGGGGAAUGGGAGGCAUAGGAAAAACAACUAUUGCUAGCAAAUUAUUUGAGCAAAUUUGCAAUCAAUUUCAAGGUGGGUGUUUUAUUGCAAAUGUGAGGGAACAAUUACAAAAAUAUACACCAGAUAAUCUACAAUGUGAAAUUCUUUCUAAAGUAUUAAACAAUGAAGGUUUAAAUAUAGGGAUGCCUUCUAUGUUAUCCUCUGCCAUCAAGAGAAGGCUCUCACGUCAAAAAUUUCUCAUUAUUCUUGAUGAUGUGAGUGAUUUGGAGCUAGUUGAAUUCUUAAUAGGAAAGCAUGUUGUUUUUGGUCCAGGAAGCAGAAUUAUUUUAACAAGUAGAGAUAAACAAUUGCUUAAGAAUGUAAGCGCUGAAAUAUAUGAAGUCAAGAAAUUGAAUGAUGAUGAAGCUCUUCAGCUAUUUAGUUUCCAUGCCUUCAAACCAAAUUUUGUGAAGAAAGAGUAUAUGCAGUUGUCACGCAAGGCAAUUGGUUAUGCUGACGGUAAUCCACUAGCUCUUAAAGUUUUGGGUUCCAAAUUUGGCAAGAGAACAGAAGAAUGGGAAGAUAAAUUGGAGAAACUAAAAGAUAUUCCUGACAGAAAAAUUCAAGAAAUAUUAAGAAUUAGUUACGAUGACUUAGACCCAGACGAAAAAGAAAUAUUCCUUGAUGUAGCAUGCUUCUUCAAAUGGUGGGAUAAAAAUAGAGCAAUAAGUAUAUUAGAAGGUUGUGGAUUUUUUGCAAAAUGUGGAAUAAGUCGCCUCAUUGAUAAGUCUCUCAUCAGCAUUUCGAAGAGAAAUAGGUUGGAGAUGCAUGACUUAGUACAACAAAUGGGUAAAGAUAUUGUUGGUGAGGAGAAAGAGAUUGGAAAACGAAGCAGAUUGUAUAAAUCUAAGGAUAUAUACAAAGUUUUGACAAAAGAUAUGGGGACUGAAAAAGUUGAAAGCAUUUCAGCAAACAUGAACGAGAUUGGAUUUAUGGAACUAAGUUCUACAGCUUUCGUGAAAAUGCGUAAUCUCAGAUUACUCAAAUUCUACUCUUUUGGGCAUGAUCAAGUCAAAGUAGUCCUUACUAAACGCCUUAAAUCUCUCCCCCAAGAGCUGAGAUAUUUGGAAUGGCCAAAAUAUCCUUUGAAAUCUUUGCCAUCUCGCAUGCCCAGAAGUCAACUUAAACAACUUUGGAACGAAGAUCAGGCUGCUGUAAAUUUGAAGGUUAUUGAACUGGCGAACUCUGUGGAUCUAAUCAGAAUUCCAGACUUGUCUAAUUCCCCAAAACUCGAGGGUUUACAGAUAGCGUUGUCUUCAAUGAAGUAUGAGGUGGAGAAAUUUAAUAGUGGAUCAAGUUUCAGUCUAUGGAAGAUUAAAAUCAAAUCUUCCUUGAUUCUGCAAGGUCUAUGGAAGGCAAUCGAUGAUAACUUUUUAGAGGGCACGAAAGAGGCGGAGAAGGUUAACAUAAAGGGGAAAGCUUUGAGUGCGAUUUUCAUGAACAUAAUUGAUAAUGUCCUAUGCGAGAUUAUUGGUGAAAGCUCAGCGUCUGAGAUGAAUGGUAAGGUGUUUUUAGGCAAUAAUCUUGCAUUACCUAUGGAAGGAAUUGGUAACAUCAGAUUGAGAAUGUUUGAUGGCAUUGUCAGAAUUAUGGAGUGUUGGCAUGUUCCAGGACUGAAGAGAAACCUGAUUUCUCUUGGGAUAUUUGACAUUCAUGGAUUCAGAUAUCAUGCAGAGAAUGGAGUUCUCAAAGUGUACAAGGCCUCUAUGGGCAAUACAGUUUCAGGGAAACCUGCAGUAGCAUCCGAAAGUAAUAAUCAGAAUCAGACUCAAUUGUGGGUGAAGUUUCACAAAAAGCAGUGCACAAGAGCAGAGGAACAGUGCCACUCAAAUCUAUGGGGUCCUAACAAAAUCACUUCCAAAAGCGGGCCAGGCUUGUUGAAUGUGAGAAGUAACGAGAGAUUUCUAAUAUCUGCAAAUUCCACAGUACAGUACUUGCAGAAAAGGCUCGGCCUUAGCCUUUCGUUCUCUGACGAUUCUUUCUUCCCUCUCGAGGUUUUAAUUUUGAGCGGCUGUACAAAUUUGGUUGAGAUUUCCUCGUCAAUCGGGCGUCUAUCUCAACUUCGUGAGUUGGAGUUGAAUUCAUGUAUGAGCCUCAAGAGCAUUCCAAGUAGCAUAGGUGACUUGAAAUGUCUCUAUGAACUUGAUUUUAGUGGAUGCUCAAAAUUAUCAAGUCUUCCCGACGCCAUUUGCAAUCUCAAAUCUCUUAUAGAACUUAAAGUAAGUAAAUGCGUGAAUCUCAAUGGACUGCCAGAGAACUUGGGGAAUUUAGGAUCUUUGAAGAGGCUUUAUGCAGAUGAAAGUGGAAUAACGAAGUUACCAUCCUCCAUGAAUCAACUGAAGCAAUUGAUUCAAUUGGAUUGCUCUAAAUGUAGAAAUUUGGUUGGAAUUCCGUCGUCAAUUGGAUGUCUCUCUCUACUUCGUGAAUUAGAGUUGAAUUCAUGUAUGAGCCUCAAGAGUAUUCCAGGUAGCAUCGGUGAGUUGAAAUGUCUUUAUGAACUUGAUUUCAGUGGAUGCUCAAAACUAGCAAGUCUUCCUGACGCCAUUUGCAAUCUCAAAUCGCUUAUAUUCUUUGACGUAAGUGGAUGCGUCAAUCUCAAUGGAAUGCCAGAGAACAUGGGAAAUUUAGAAUCUUUGAAGAGACUUCAUGCAAAUGAAAGUGGAAUAACAAAAUUACCGUCCUCCUUGAAUCAAUUAAGGCAAAUAGAAGGAUUAGCUUGCUCUAGAUGUACAAAUCUGGUUGAGAUUCCUGACAGCAUUUGUGAUCUCAAAUCUCUUAUAUCAAUCAACGUAAGUGGAUGCGUAAACCUCAGUGGAUUGCCAGAGAACUUGGGGAAUUUAAAAUCCUUGGGUAUGCUUAUUGCAGAUGAAAGUGGAAUCACGAAAUUGCCAUCCUCCAUCAAUCAAUUGGGGAAAUUGACAAUGUUGAAAUGCUCUGGAUGUAAAGGUUUAAUAUUGCCUCCUUUGACAGGUUUGACUAAUCUGAGAUGUCUUUUUCUUAACAAUUGUGAGAUGUUAGAACUUCCCGAUAGUCUUGGCUCUCUAACAUCAUUGGAAAAAAUAACUUUACAUGGAAAUGAUUUCGAGAGCAUACCAGAAAGCAUUAAACAACUUUCUAAACUGCUGGUGCUUGAUUUAAGAGAUUGCAAGAGACUUAGGGGGUGUUUGGUUUACCUAUUGAGUGUAGCUGAUAGUUGA